AUGGUGACUGUGAAUGGAAUUGAUGUGGCCUCUACAUUGCCCCAGCCCACCCACAUCAACAUCCACAUCCACCAGCAAUCAACAUUGGUCCAACUUUUAAAGGCUGGGUGCUCCAUGGUGUGUCAACUCUCUUACCCUCAGGACACUAUCUCACCCAAAGCCAGGAUGAACCAUGGGCAACUGGCACUAGGGGUGACCCAGAUACUGUUGGGGGUUGUGAGCUGUGCUCUUGGAGUUUUCCUCUACUUUGGGCCUCGGACCGAGCUGCAUGCCUCAGGCUGUGCCUUCUGGGCUGGAACUGUGGCUAUUGUGUCAGGAGCAGGGACCAUUGCUCAUGAGAAGAGCCAAAGCCGACUUUCAGCCUAUGUGUCAGGUCUGCUCACCUUAGCUGGCAUCACCACGGUCCUGGUAGCUGUUGUUUUCUGUGUGAAUAGUUUAAAGGUGCAAACAAAUGGCUUCUUCUACAUUGGCUCAGUGUGUUACCGCCCCACCAUUGACGGUACAACCAGUGGAUACACAUGGAUGAGGAGAAGCAAGAGUGACUCGAAAUGGAGGGAGAAUCAAUGCAAGUCCUACAUGCAGAUGCUGAUGAACUUAUUCCUAGGAAUCCGUAUUCUGUUCCUGGCUGUCUGUGUCCUGCAGGCUAUUGUGUCCUUGACUUUCCUGGGCAUUGGUUUUCGAAGUUUGUGUAGCCAGAGCUCCCAGCCCCUGUCUGAGGAAGGACCAAAGAAGAAGUUAUUGUGUGAGAUUUCUGUGCCUUCUCCCCCUCAGGAAAAACCCUUCAUGGAUUGA